UUCCGGAGUCCUGCUGCUCGGCGCUGAGCCCAGCAGCAGGCGCCGCCUCUUCCUCCCUCCGCAAGGCAGGCAGGAGGGCAGCCCCGGACGGAGCCCUACCCUCUCGGCCUGGGCCUGGGCCGGGCAAGCAUGGCGCCGGAGGGGCCCCACGGAGGAAGGCCCUUCUCCUCCGGGCUCCAAGGAAGAAGAGGAGGAGGAGGAGGAAGAGGAGGAGGAAGCAGCGGGAGCAGGGCCCAGGAGCAGGAGGAAGGUCUGACCCGCAUCCUCAGGCGUCCCGAUCUGAGCUCUCCCGGCCGAGAACUCUAACUGCCGCCAUCAAAGACGUAAAGAUGAACAAGGAAACCACAGAGGUCUCCGAAAACAACCACCACCUGAAGGUCUUCCUGCCAAAGAAGCUUGUGGAUUGUGUGCCCAAGUGCCCAGCUUUGCCGAAAGAGCGCCUGCGCUGGAACACCAAUGAGGAGAUCGCCUCCUACUUGAUCACCUUUGAGAAACAUGAAGAGUGGCUUUCUUGUUCCCCGAAGACCAGACCCCAGAAUGGCUCCAUCAUCCUGUACAACCGCAAGAAGGUGAAAUAUCGGAAGGACGGUUAUUGCUGGAAGAAGCGGAAGGACGGCAAGACGACCCGCGAGGACCACAUGAAGCUGAAAGUGAAGGGCGUGGAGUGUCUCUAUGGCUGCUAUGUCCAUUCGUCCAUCGUCCCAACAUUCCACCGGCGCUGCUACUGGCUGCUCCAGAACCCAGACAUUGUGCUGGUCCACUACCUGAACGUGCCGGCCAUUGAGGACUGCGGGAAGAUCUGUGGACCUGUCUUGUGCUCCAUCAACAGUGACCGCAAGGAGUGGCUGAAGUGGUCCAAGGAGGAGCUGGUGGGGCAGCUGAAGCCUAUGUUUCACGGGAUCAAGUGGACCUGCAGCAACGGGAAUGGGACAGCCGAGUUCUCCAUCGAGCAGCUGGUCCAGCAAAUCUUGGAGAGCCACCAUGCCAAGCCCCUGCCCCGGACUCACGCCUGCCUCUGCAGCAGUGGCCUCGGGAGUCCCGGACACGUCCCACACAAAUGCAGCAGCACGAAGCACCGCAUCAUCUCCCCGAAAGUGGAAGUCCGCCCGUGCCCUUACCCUGCCCUGAUGGAGGUCCAGAACAUCUCUGGUGCCUCAGAGGCCAAAGCCGAGCCGGAGCCACCCAGGACCUCCAGCUCCGACAGCAAGGAACUGAAAUUGGCCAAGGCAGCUUCCCCCAGCGUGGCUGAUGCCGCUCCGGACUCCACACAGCCCUCUGCUGGCCUGGCCCAGCCCAACGGUUUCCCCAAGCAGGAGCUGCCGGCCGUCACUCUCUCGAUGGGCCUUCCUGGGAGUGCCAUUUUGGUCAUGACUGGUCUUGGGGGCACAGAGAAGCCACUGGCCCUGACGCCCAGCCAGCACCUGGUCUCUGGAGAUGGCGGCGGGGGCCCCUCACCGCCCCUGGGCUUGGCCCUGCUCCCGGGGCCAGGCCUGGUUCUCUCACAGAACCUCGACUCCACCAUGGAGACGGGCGAGGUCAGCUCUGCCGCCUUCGACCCAGACUGCUUCCUCAACAGCCCCAAGCAAGGGGAAACCUAUGGAGGGGGGGCUGGGCUCCAAGCCAAAGCUGAGCCUCAAGAGAACACCGCUGCCACCACCCCCCCAGACUACUCCGUCUAUGUGCCCACCUCCAACCGCUUUUUCAUCCACGACGACGGGACCCAGCCGGCACCGCUGCCGCCCUCGCCAUCCCCCUCUGCUGCUGGGACAGAGGGGAAGAACAGCCCUGAGACUCCCAUGGAGACCAUGGGAGAAGGGGAGUCUCAGGCCGAGGCUGGGACACCUGGCGAAGGCAAGGGGCCACCCUCGGAGGUGGCAUCGGCCUCGGAAAUUUCGGCCACGGAGCUCCAGGAGGAGCUGUACUCCAUAAUCCAGAAGGCGGCCACGAAGGCCACAGUGGGGGCCUCCUUUGGCCUCUCUUUCGACAACCACUUCCCCGACCUUAUUAGUGAGCUCAUGACGGACGAGGGAGGGACGGGCAGCGCCAGCAGUACUGAGGGGGCCGGCGGUGGGGCAGGGAGCCCUGUGCUGGUCCUCUCUGCAGAGCCCCUGGCCGAGCCCUGCUAUGCGACCGAGGGGGGCCCUCCGGGGAGUUCCCCACAGCCGCUGGUGUCCAUCACGGACUUCUCGCCGGAAUGGUCCUACCCCGAGGGGGGCGUCAAGGUGCUUAUCACUGGGCCAUGGAUGGGUGAGGCCAAACCAUACAGUUGCCUCUUCGACCAGAUCUCUGUCCCUGCCACACUCAUCCAGUCUGGAGUGCUGCGAUGCUACUGCCCAGCCCAUGAAGCAGGCCUGGUCCCCUUGCAUGUGGCCUUCGAUUCCCACAUCAUCUCUAUGUCCGUCCUGUUUGAGUACCGGGCCCGCAACUUCAUGGCACUGCCCAGCACUCAGCUGGAUUGGCUCUCUUUGGACGAUAAUCAGUUCAGGAUGUCCAUCCUAGAGCGUCUGGAGCAGAUGGAGAAGCGGAUGGCCGAAAUGACUGCAGCUGCAGCCGCUGCCCCAGCCCAAAGCCAGCAAAGAGGGGAGAGACCCCCAAGUCAGCAGGCCACCACUGACUCCUUUGAGGACCGGAUUGUGGCCCUCUGUGAGAAAAUGAUGGCCCAGCCCUGCUGGCUCCACUCCGAGGCCCUCGUCCACCACGUCAGCUUCCGGGGAAUGACCCUGCUGCACCUGGCAGCCGCCCAAGGCUACACCCGCCUCAUCGAGACCCUCAUCAAGUGGCGGAACCUCAAUGUGCAGAGUCUGGACCUAGAGCAGGAGGUAGACCCCCUCAAUGUGGACCAUUUCUCCUGCACCCCAUUGAUGUGGGCCUGUGCCCUCGGACACCUGGAAGCCGCCCAGCUGCUCUACCACUGGAACAGCCAUGCCCUGGCCAUCCCGGACUCCCUGGGCCGCCUCCCGCUCUCCGUGGCUCGGUCCCGUGGCCACGUCAGGCUGGCCACUUGCCUGGAGGAACUCCAGCGCCAGGAGGAGGGUCCCCCGGACACCCUAGGAGGGGACCCUCUCAUCCCUGAGGCCGUUUCGGAUGGUUCUGGGGGCACCAGCAAGGCCAGUGGUGGCUCAUGCGGGCCAGUGGAAGCCCUCCACAUCCCGUCUCCCCUCUCGGCCAGUCCAGAUACAGGUCUCAGCACUGCCAGCGGGGUCUCAUCCCCUUCAGAACUCUCCGAGGGCUCAAUCUCCGUCACCUCGGCCUACUCCAGUGGGUCAGCCCUGCGGGACUCUCCAGCCUACAGCCCUGAAGUCGAGGGGGCCAUGGACGUCUGCCAAGCCCCCCCGGUGCCCCCUGCUGAGAGCAUUGCCGGCUGGUACCUGCAGGAGACUCCUCACCCCCCUUUCUUCAUGGACUACGACGAAGUGGGGGUCACUGGCCACGCAGGGCCCCCUGAGCCAGACCUGGAACCGGAGCUGCUGAGCUAUGGGGAGAACACUGAGAACGAGGAGUACCUCCCAUCUACGGAUGUCUUGCAGGUGGACAUGAUCACCUUAGCCAAACAGAUCAUCGAAGCCACUCCAGAGCGCAUCAAGCAAGAAGACUUUGCCUCAGUAGAGACGCCUCUCCGAGAGCGGCCAACGAACCUGGGCCUGAACGAGACCAUGUCCUGGCUGGCCAGCUACCUGGAGAAUGUCGACCAGCUGUCCAGCAUCUCCCGGCGACGCUCGCUGACCUCCUCUCCGUCCAGCCACUCCUGCCUGAGCCCGCUGCCCUCUCCGCUGGGCGAACUCUCCUUGGAGCGCAUCCCCCCGCCUCCCACGGCGGCCAGCUGGGCCGAGUUCCUCAACGCCUCCGCCAAUGGCAAGAUGGAGAGCGACUUUGCCCUCCUGACGCUCUCUGACCAUGAGCAGCGGGAGCUCUAUGAGGCCGCCAAGAUCAUCCAGACGGCCUUCCGCAAGUACAAGGGCCGUCGGCUGAAGGAGCAGCAGGAAAUGGCUGCCGCAGUCAUCCAGCGAUGCUACCGCAAAUACAAGCAGCUCACCUGGAUUGCACUGAAGUACGCUCUCUAUAAGAAGAUGACGCAGGCGGCCAUCCUGAUCCAGAGCAAGUUCCGCAGCUACUACGAGCAGAAGAAGUUCCAGCAGAGCCGCCGGGCGGCCGUCCUCAUCCAGCAGUACUACCGCAGCUACAAGGAGUACGAAAAGCUCAAGCAGGGCCACCGCGCCUCCACCGCCAUGCAGCAGAAGAUCAAAGGAACCUUCCUGACCAAGAAGCAGGACCAGGCCGCCCGGAAGAUCAUGAGGUUCCUGCGACGCUGCCGACACAGGAUGAAGGAACUGAAGCAACACCAGGAAGUGGAGACCCCCGCACAGAAGAGGGGCCUGGCCACUUAGCCACCAGAGAAGGAAGAGGAAGAGCCCGGAAGGACAACAGAUGGAGACCCCCGCCCAUGGCCUCUCCUCCCUCCUCCCUGGAGGAGUGUCUUAACUCCAGCUAGGCCUCCCCUUCUCCCCCAUCCAUGCCCCCAAGGAACUGUUUUGAAGGGGGGGCUGGCUGUUUGUCUCCCCAUUUCAAGGACUGUGCAAUAGAGACUGGCCAGGACUGGGAGGAUGUGAAAAUAUUGGGGGGGUCUUUUUGCCCCUCUCAGAGGGGUGCACCCUCUUCCCGCGCUUGGACUUGAGAACUAAGCCCCCUCCUCACCCCACGAUGGUGCACCCCCCCCCCCCCCCCCCACGCCCGCUUCGCCUUAUAUCUGUGCCAAGUCUUUGCCCUCUUUCCCCAUCUCCCUCUGUCCCAAGGGGUGUCUGGUGGCUUUUGGUGGGGUGGAAGGCAGGGGUCUUUCCAGUGGGUCAGAGCAGAGCAAACACCUGGAGGCAGAACGUUUGGAAGAUGUUGGAGGAGAGUACUUCAUGCGAGGACCCUCCUCUCUCCCUCCCAUCUUCCCAGGGGUCUCUGUGGCCCCACACUUACGGGAAGGAGCCUGUUUUGGAGACCCCCCCCC